ACAAAUUUUUUAUGAGAGCAGGUUGAAGAGAGGUUGAACAAAAUUUGGCUUCCAAGAUCAAAGAGGAGGAGUUGAAGACUGAUUUUAGAAGCUUCAACAAGUGUUGCAGCAUCAUUUCCAUACAUUUUCAAGCUUCCAUUGGCAGCAAGAGGAACUAGAAUGGCAUCUACAUCUUCCUCCAUUGGCAAUGAACAAGUAAUUGCAAAACAAAGAAAUGAUCCAAAUUCUCCCUUAUGGAAAUAUGUGGACAUUAUAAAACAACUUCCGGGAGGUGGGGGAUUCCGUUGGAAAUGCCAUGGAUGUGAUAUUGAACGUAAUAGUUCAUAUUAUCGAGUGGUAGGCCAUUUGUGUGGAAUAAAAGGAAGAGGCAUCAAAAAAUGCCCUGGCAAAAAUGGUAAACCUAUACCAGAUGAGAUAGUGAUGAAAUAUAUUAGGGAGCAUGAGGUGGCAGAAGAGAGGGAAGCCCGUAGAUUGAACCAAACCGCAUCAAAGAAAACAAGGGGAAUGCAAGGCCCUUCUAAUCCCAGUAUUGUAGUAGAAGACCACCCCUUCUUUGCCACAAAUGAACCUCAAAGUGAACCACCCUUGACACGUAAAAGAACAAAAGGGCCUUUAGAAACCGCAUUCCAAAAUGAGAGUAGAGACAAUGCUGAUCAAGAUAUAGUAAGGUGCAUUUAUGCAAAUGGUUUGUCAUUCAAUGUUGUUCGCUCCCCAUAUUGGAAGCAAAUGAUAAAAAGUGUUAAUGAGGCACCAAGAGGGUAUAAGGGCCCCGGUUAUGAGAAGGUACGUGGAACAUUAUUGGAGAAAGAGGUGAAGAGGGUUGAAGAUGCAUUGAAACCCAUAAGGGAUUCGUGGGUUGAGACAGGUGUAACAAUUGUUUCAGAUGGGUGGAAAGAUGCUAAAAACCGUCCCUUGAUCAAUGUCAUAGCGGUGUCCCCUAAAGGGGCAAUGUUUUUGAGAGCUGUGGAUUGUGAGGGCCAAAUAAAAGAUGGCGAAUUUAUUGCAAAAAUUCUCAUCUCUGCCAUUGAGUCUGUGGGACCCCGCAAUGUUGUCCAAGUCAUAACGGACAAUGCAAAAAAUUGUAGAGCUGCUGGUUUGUUGGUUGAGCAACGCUAUGAUCACAUCUUUUGGACACCUUGUGCGGUACAUUCACUCAAUCUUAUGCUACAAAGGAUUGGGCAAAAAAUAAAAUGGAUCAGAGAUGUGUAUGCAGAGGCUGAGGACAUCCAGAUGUUCAUCACAAACCACCACAUGUCUCAAGGGAUUUUUAGAACCUAUUCGAAUUUGGAGCUAUUGAAGGUAAGUGAAAUAGUAAUUUAAUUUUACAUUUUCUGAUUUUUUUGAAUUUUCAAUGUUAAUAAUAUCAUUGUGUAAGCUAUAUUGUGUAUUCUUCUUUAAAGUUUGGCUUUAUUUUUUAAUAAUUUGGCAUUAAUUUGUGUUAUAGGUUGCUGAGACCCGUUUUGCAUCAAACACAAUCGUCUUAAGACGACUUGUGAAAGUUAGAGUGGCACUAUGCAAUAUGGUGAUCAGCACCAAUUGGACUGUAUGGAAGCAAAGUAGCACUGAGAGGGCAGGAAAAAUUAGGGAUAGAAAAUUGGAUGAGAAAUG